AAAAAAACACGCACACACACACACAAAAGUUACACACAGUUACAAACAUCACACAAAACACAAACAGAGCCUGUGAACAACAAGUACAUAAAAGAUGAAAGGUGCAAUUUUCACCCAGGGGAGUUUGUCAUAGGGAUUUGUGCCCUUUGCUUGAAUGAAAAGCUCUUAAUUUUAGCAUCCAAACAGGGCCCUAAUCAUCUCCACCGCCAAACGCACAAGAAUUUCAGCACGAAGCAGAAAAUAUCACCAGCAGCUAAAAUCAAAAAGAUUUUUUCUUUGCUCAAUCUGGUUGAGCCCAGAAAGCGAAAAUCGGAUCACAACUGCCACAGUUCAUAUUCAGCUAGCCCAGAUGACUCUUUCAUAUCAUUCAAGAUUGAAGACAAUGGUGAUGCCUCAUGGGAUAAAGGGAGCAAAAUCCCCAAAAUCCCCCUGGACCAGCAAUGUGAGGAGGCCAAUAAGGUCAAACGUGUCGUUGAACACGCAAAGCCACGUGUGGUGCUGAAGUGGCGGAGGCGGAUUGGUCACAUAUUCCAGGUCAUCAGAUUGAAAAAGCCCACCAAAGGCAGUAUGUGGCAUGUGAGCACAAAGCGUAGGAGGAGUAAAGGUUAACUAAUAUUGGUAUUAUAUGGGAUAAUUGAGUGUAAAGGUUUGAAUAGACAGAGAUAUGGGA